AUGAAGAAGCCGCUCUUUGAACGUCUGCGAACUGCACCACUUGAUAACCAUAGCAUCAGUUCCUUGGUUGCCAGUGAUUACUUUUAUCGCAUUGCAUUCGUCUUGGGCUGGAAUCCUCCCAGGGAGGGUUUCUUUAGACGGAUAUACUUUUUAUUGACUUUUACCACGAUGUUGCUGGGGAUCGUAGGUCUACCGUUGGGUCUAACGCUCACCUAUGUGAAGCACUUUAGUAGGUUUACGCCGACGGAGUUUCUUGCCUCCCUGCCGGUGGACGUCAACUGUAUUGGAAAUUUGAUCAAGACCUGUGUGACCUUCACUUCGAUGUGGCGAUUUCGCUUGAUGAAUGAACUGAUUUCCCCACUGGACAAGAGAUGUGUUAGCCCAUCGCAGCGUCUGAUUCUCCAUAAAACGGUGGCUCGUGUCAAUCUGAUUGUGAUUGUCUUCCUGUCUACUUACAUGGGUUUCUGUUUCCUAAACCUUUUUACAUCGGUUCUUUCGGGCACGGCACCUUGGCAAUUGUACAAUCCACUUGUGGACUGGCGGAGUGGCUAUUGGCAACUCUGGAUUGCCUCGCUUAUGGAAUACAUUGUGGUCUGUAUAGGCACCACGCAGGAAUUGGUUUCGGAUGCCUAUCCCAUAGUCUUCAUCUCCUUGUUCCGAUGUCAUCUGGCUAUUCUGAGGGAUCGCAUAGAGAAUCUGCGACGUAAUCCGGAGCUCAGUGAGAAGGAGAACUACGAACAGUUGGUGGCCUGCAUCCAGGAUCAUCGCACCAUCAUUCAAUGUACCGAAAUCAUUCGUCCCAUUCUGUCCAUCACCAUCUUUGCCCAAUUCAUGCUGGUGGGCAUUGACUUGGGAUUGGCUGCCAUAAGUAUUUUGCUAUUUGAGAAUACCAUCUGGACGGUCGUGGCGAGUAUCUCAUUCAUCACGGCCAUCUGCAUGGAGUCCUUUCCCUGCUGCAUGCUAUGCGAACAUCUCAUCGAUGAUUGUGUCCAAGUCAGCGAUGCAUUAUUUCACUCAAAUUGGAUAACUGCAGAUAGGCGUUAUAAGUCGGCGCUUCUGUAUUUUAUGCACCGGGUUCAGCAACCCAUUCAAUUUACAGCUGGAGCCAUAUUUCCCAUUUCGGUGCAGAGUAAUAUUGCAGUGGCCAAAUUCGCCUUUACUAUUAUCACAAUCGUCAAGCAAAUGAAUCUCGGAGAGAAGUUUCUAAACAACAAGGCAAAUGCCGGGGAAGUUGAGCCUUAAAGUGCAGUGCAAAGAGGGGAGAUCUAAUACUAAUAUUUGCAUCCCGACACUUGCACUCUGUAGUAUCUGUAGUAUCCUAGCAGUCAGUGCUUGCACAUGCACUAAACUUUCUAGAAGUGAGUACACA